AUGGCUGAGGCAGAUAUACAACAUGCUCGUCGAUUGUCGGCAGAUAAUCAAACGGUCUCGAAAGCCGAUGUCCCCCUGAAUGAACGCUUCUUCCGCUACUUUCAACAUGAGAUCACUGCGUUGCAACAAGAGAUGGAUCGUCUUGCCGAUACAUCUCUAGUGGGUGGUGAACGUGUCGAUGCAACAGAUCACUGCCUUGCUGGGAUCGUGCGGUUAUCCAAUGAAGUCAAGGAUGCAGCGAGCUAUAUCCCCACUUACGAUCAGAGGGUGUACGCAGAGGCCAUUAAAGCUCUGCAGGAUCGAUUGACCGAGACACGUGCCACAUUCGAGCCUCGAUCAAAGUUCAGCUUCAAGACUAAGAAAAACCCCUCUGCUGUCUCCCUGUCUGACGCUGCCGUACUGGCAGCUGGAGCACGACUUAGCGUCCCUGGCUAUCACUCUCCGGGUGCCUCUUCCGUUGACUCGUCCGCGAACCAGACACCCAACUACCCUUCCACCCCACUGAACGAGCCGGAGAAGCAUCAGCAAGAGCGACCGGAGCUUGCCCCCAUUUCAUCCCCAGGUAUCUCGGUCGGGGACUUUGGUACAAAGUCCCCCUCGGGCAAGCCCGCCGGUGCCUUUGCAGCCACCGGCAUCUCCGCUGUAUCGGUCGAUGAUCAUUAUGGACUUCACAUCAUGCUCCCGGCUGCCGGCUCUACAUCCACAGUCCCCGCGUCAAUUACCUCCCUGGAUCGCUGCAUCGUUGAUAUGUCCAUUCCCACUGCCAACGGAAAGCCAUAUGCCAGUUUGACUGCCAAGGGGGUCAAAGAAAGCUUACUGAUCUGUGGUCAAGUCAAUGGCCCUGCACACAUUACCGGCAUUGAGCGUAGCGUCAUGGUGGUGUCAUGUCGUCAGUUCCGCAUGCAUAACUGUAGCAACGUUGAUGUCUAUCUCAGCUGCUCUAGCAAUCCCAUUAUUGAGGAUUGUUCCAAUAUUCGGUUUGGUCGGAUCCCGAAGGCUUAUGCCUUGGACCAUGACCGUCCCGAUCACGAAGAUCGUUGGAGCCAAGUCGAAGAUUUCAAAUGGAUUAAGCCGGAGCCUAGUCCGAAUUGGAGUUUACUGGACCCCAACGAUGCCGUCCCCGAAGAGGUCUGGGCUGAGAUUGUUCCCGGCGGGCCGGGAUGGUCUCUUGAGGACAUUUUGCAUGCUAUUAAAAUAGUCUAA